CCCUCAGCCGCCCCCAGUGGGAAUCGGUGGAGCCUGACGGAGCCAUGAGCGCCCAAGAGUCACGUGUUCUGCCAGGGAGGACAUGGGACAGGACACAGGGUGCCAGCCCUGCAAAGCGGCCGGGGCAGUGGAGCUCAGGUGGCCCCAAGCCCUGGUGGUGGCUGGUGUGGCCCGGCAGGCAGCUGUGGGAGGGAGGAAGGGGGUGGCAUGUGGUGGAGGUCUAGGGAAGGAGGGCAGGGCACCUCGGGAGCCCCCCAUUGGGCACCUCAGGAACCCCCCGCAUUGGGUACCUCAGGAACCCCCCACAUUGGGCACCUUGGGAGCCCCCCAUUGGGUACCUCAGGAACCCCCCCUAUUGGGCACCUUGGGAGCCCCCCACAUUGGGCACCUCAGGAACCCCUCCCCUAAUUCUCAGCUGACUCCAAGGCCUAAGAAGGAGCUUGGUCACCUGGACUGUGAAGGUGGAGGGUGGGGUCCCUGGUGGGUCGUCCCACCUACCAGCUGUGUCGCCGGAAGGGUAAUAUGGGGCACUGUGGCCCUGGGGAGCCCCGAGUGGCAGCUCCACAGCUGGGAGUUUCUGUCCACUCCUUCAAUCAACAAACAUUGAUCCUGGGCUGACCGGGGCCCGGGGGUGUCAGUGUCUCCUGUCAGGGGAGAGGGCUGGGUGGGAUCAACAGAGGAGCCUCCCUUCUUCCCUUCAGGCUGGUGUCACCUUCAGUGACGGGGCAGGGUUCCCACUUGGGAAGUUAAAUCGUCGUCCCCGUCCCAGGACCACAGCAGCCUCAGCCCUGCUCUCCAGGCCAGGCUCUCUCCUGGGUGCUCAGAUGGAAAUUGGUCCCCCUGCCGGGGCUCCAUCCACCCCUGUUGGGAUGAGGGGCUGGAGUCUCCCUACCCACACAGGACCCACCGCCUGCAGGGAACAGAGGACCCCCACACUUCUGCACCUCCUGCCUCACUAUCAGAGACCCAGUGGAGAAUUGCCCCCCACCUCACCUCUUGUAUUCAGAGGCCCUGACCCCCAGGGAUCCGGGACUAGGGGUGCCCUAUGGGGAGCCCACCUGUGGCCUGUGGAUGCUGAGCUGUCGGGGGAAUCCUCCAGGAUCCCCAGCUCCACCUUCCCAACCUUCUUUUGAGGUUGGAGGAACACAGAGAGCCCUGCUCCCUCUUCCGCCCCACUCCCGGGUCCUGACUGCUUCAAAGAAAGGCCUAGGGGACUGGGCAGCCCACCCUCCCUUGGCUCCAUGGGGUCUCCAGACUGGCUGCCCGGCUGGAAGGUGGGGCCCUGGCACGCGAGGACCUCAUGUGUGGAGGCGCUGGCUUGGGGGUGCUCCCAGUGGCUCUAGAGUCAACACGGCAGGCAUUGAAUGGCUCCUGUUUCUCUGGCAGAGUUGGGGCAGAGCCAGGCUUGGCCACGCUGGGCUCUAAGGGGCUGUCAUUUUGCCCAGGGAGCUCCUGGCUGGGUGGUCCUCCCACCAGGGUGAGCACACGUCCCCUCAACCCCCACUGUGAGGCCCCCAGGCAGGGAACAGCUUAUCGGCCAGUGUCCUUCCUCCUUGGCCCCUGCCUGCAUCUCCACCAUCCACCCUGCUCCAGCUGCCCCUUGUCUCUCUCCCCAUCCCCUGCCCAGAGCCCCAGGUCUCCCCUGUACCACUGAGCCUGCCCACCUAGCAGUGCCCCUCCUCCAGGGCCCUUCUGGGUCGGGGGUGCACACAGCGGGGAGAGGUGGCUCCUGCUGCUCCUCACCCAGCCCGGCUCAGUGGCCGGAGCCACCCAGGGCAGUGGCAGCAGAUGGGGCUGUUUGAUCAGAAUCAGGGAAGAUAAGGCCCCUUGGGUGACCCCAGAGCUGGGGACGCCAAAACUGCCCCUCCUCCCCCACCUGCCUGCCGAUUUCUCUGCCAGGGAGAGGCCCCUAUUCUGGGUCCUUCGCCCCAGCACUAAGCCUGCAUGGCUGCUCACCUAGCUCAGGAACUGGGGAUCAGUGACACACAGGUCCUGCCUCCCAUCGGCCCCUCCGUGAGCCCAGGGCCCAAGGGCUGCGGUUGGGAGCUCUUUAGCAGUCUGUGACGCAGGUGCCUGUCCCUGUCAUUCAGCUGUCACACUGCUUGGUGCCUCUCAGGCCCUCAGGCCCCGUUAGCGGAGGAGCCCCAGGUGGAGCUGGACCCACGUGGGCUCACCCAGCCGCUGCCUGGAGGAGGCUAAAAUUCAGGCUGUCCCAUGGCAGCCAGCAGUCCAGCCCUGCCCGGAAACCCUCUGCUCCAGCCGCAGCCUUCGCCCAUCUCCUUGCCCCUCUCCCCGGCUUCCCCCGGCACUGCCUUCCAGCUGGCCAGCCCUCCAUCUGCCUAGCCAUCCAUCCACACCUCUUAUUCCAUUUGAGGGUGCCCCAAAGAAGAGCCCGUCGCAGCCCGGGGGCUCACAGCCAGCCACUCGCAGGACCCCGCACAUGCACGCGGACCCACGGGAAGACCCUCCCUGCUUCUCCCACAGAAUUCAGUUGGUGCAGAAUCUGGGCUCUGUAGCAGCGAAAGGCUGAUUUGUGGAGCUGUUGCCGCCCGGAACUCCCAGCUCAGUGCUGGCUGUGGCCUGGGGACCAGGUGCUGUGACUCCCGCAGCCCUGGCAGGCACCACGGGGGCUGUCCUCCCCACCCUGGGCCAGCUCCUCCUCCGAGCCGACGCCUGCAGUGCUAAUCUCAAAGGACUGUGCGGCCAGCCUGUGGCGUCCCAUGGGAUCCAGGAAGCCCAGCCGAGCCUUGCACGGCACCCGUGUGGCACCUGGGCACCCCGGUGCUGGGCAGGGGGCAUACAUGUGACACAGACCCCUGAGUGUGGGCCCCACACACUUGGCCUGGCACAGCUGCAAGCCAGCCCAGCCACUUUGCUCACCGUGGCACUGGGGCCAAGUGACGGAAGGUCCAGGCACCGCCACCCUCACGCUUGGCACAUUGGCUCAGGUCAGCCUGGCAAGCCAGCUUUCCCAGGGGCUAAGAAUAGGACUCUGAGGUUCAGAGGGGCAGCUUCAGGGGAGGACACCCCACUGGCCAGGACUCCCCAGGCUCUGCUGCUCUGCCACUCAGCUGCCCUCGGAGGAGCGUGCACACCCACCAGGACUGCAUUGCCCCAGCUGUGCAGCCCCUGUCAGAUGCGGAAGGCAGCUAGCUGCCCAGAGGCAUGCCCCCCUGCCAGCCACGCCGACCCCUGCUGCUGUUGCUGCUGCUGCUGCUGGCCUGCCAGCCACAGGCCCCCUCUGCUCAGGUGAUGGACUUCCUGUUUGAGAAGUGGAAGCUCUACGGCGACCAGUGUCACCACAACCUGAGCCUGCUGCCCCCUCCCACGGAGCUGGUGUGCAACAGAACCUUCGACAAGUAUUCCUGCUGGCCAGACACCCCCGCCAAUACCACGGCCAACAUCUCCUGCCCCUGGUACCUGCCUUGGCACCACAAAGUGCAACACCGCUUCGUGUUCAAGAGAUGCGGGCCCGACGGUCAGUGGGUGCGCGGACCCCGGGGGCAGCCUUGGCGUGACGCCUCCCAGUGCCAGAUGGAUGGCGAGGAGAUUGAGGUCCAGAAGGAGGUGGCCAAGAUGUACAGCAGCUUCCAGGUGAUGUACACGGUGGGCUACAGCCUGUCCCUGGGGGCUCUGCUCCUCGCCUUGGCCAUCCUGGGGGGCCUCAGCAAGCUGCACUGCACCCGCAACGCCAUCCACGCGAACCUGUUUGCGUCCUUCGUGCUGAAAGCCAGCUCCGUGCUGGUCAUUGAUGGGCUGCUCAGGACCCGCUACAGCCAGAAGAUUGGCGAUGACCUCAGUGUCAGCAUCUGGCUCAGUGAUGGAGCGGUGGCUGGCUGCCGUGUGGCCGCGGUGUUCAUGCAAUAUGGCAUCGUGGCCAACUACUGCUGGCUGCUGGUGGAGGGCCUGUACCUGCACAACCUGCUGGGCCUGGCCACCCUCCCUGAGAGGAGCUUCUUCAGCCUCUACUUGGGCAUCGGCUGGGGUGCCCCCAUGCUGUUCGUCGUCCCCUGGGCGGUGGUCAAGUGUCUGUUUGAGAACGUCCAGUGCUGGACCAGCAAUGACAACAUGGGCUUCUGGUGGAUCCCGCGGUUCCCCGUCUUCCUGGCCAUCCUGAUCAACUUCUUCAUCUUCGUCCGCAUCGUUCACCUGCUCGUGGCCAAGCUGCGGGCGCGGCAGAUGCACCACACAGACUACAAGUUCCGGCUGGCCAAGUCCACGCUGACCCUCAUCCCUCUGCUGGGUGUCCAUGAAGUGGUCUUCGCCUUCGUGACGGACGAGCAUGCCCAGGGCACCCUGCGCUCCGCCAAGCUCUUCUUCGACCUCUUCCUCAGCUCCUUCCAGGGCCUGCUGGUGGCUGUCCUCUACUGCUUCCUCAACAAGGAGGUGCAGUCGGAGCUGCGGCGGCGUUGGCACCGCUGGCGCCUGGGCAAAGUGCUGCGGGAGGAGUGGAACACCAGCAACCACAAGGCCUCAUCUUCGCCCGGCCGCAGCCUUCCCAGCAAGGAGCUGCAGUUUGGGAGGGGUGGUGGCAGCCAGGAUUCAUCUGCGGAGACCCCCUUGGCUGGUGGCCUCCCUAGAUUGGCUGAGAGUCCCUUCUGAACCCUGCUGGGACCCCAGCUAGGGCUGGACUCUGGCACUGAGAGGGCAUCGCUGGACAACCCAGAACUGGAUGCCCAGCUGAGGCUGGGGGCGGGGGAGCCAACAGCAGCCCCCACCUACCCCCCACCCCCAGUGUGGCUGUCUUCGAGAUGGGUCCUCCUCUCCCUGCACUUGCCCUGUCCCUGGUGUAGGGGCGAGCAGAGGAGUUCAGGAUGGGAGUGGGGGCUGUGCCGUGAACUGCACGCCAGUGUCCCCACAUAUGUCGGCACGUCCCCUGUGCGUGGAAAUGUCCUCCAACAAUAAAGAGCUCAA